AUGGCUUGCCUGCUGCCCCCCUCGGUCGGGGAUCACUCUUCGGACAUGCAGCUUGCCGUCUCUCAGCUGCAACAGAACAAUCACCUUAUAGGCUAUCGCAACCUCCUCUCUUACACCAAUAGCCUUGGAGUCUCGUCUCUUCGUCGCGCUGCACUCAGCCAGGAAGAGUGGAAGCUAAGAGCCCAAGGCCAGUACUCGGCUGUCUAUGGAGCCGUCAUGGUAGACGGCGAUCAAGCUGUGGCCAAAGUCGUCAUCAAGAGGCCAAAUGCAUCAUUCACUCGUGACAGCGCCGACAUCGAGAGCGCAUUGCAGCACAAAGCCCUGGUCGGAAUCAUCCAAGAACUGCGCAUACUUGCACACCAAGACCUCAGAGCCCACCCCAAUCUCCCGCGCAUCCUGGGGUUGUUCUUCGAGGACGUUCGGGACCCCGACGGCACUAUCCCCUGCCUAGUGCUCGAGCAGGCCGUGUCGGAUCUGGCUUCGUACCUCGGCAGCGACCCCCUCGGUAGUACUACUACUCAUGAUAUUUCAGCUACAGCCAUCACGUCAUUCUCCUCUGACAUUGCUGCCGGUCUGGCGGCCAUUCACGGGCACGGCCUCGUCCACGGCGAUCUAAAACCCUGCAAUAUUCUCCUCUUCCUCCGCGACGGCCGCCUGACCGCUGCUCUUGCCGACUUCACCACCUGCGGAAUCGCGGAUCAGUCCCCGCAGCAUGUCGGUAUCAUACCGGGCACGGCCGGAUUUUGGGCGCCGGAAUAUUAUCGUGACAGUCCUUAUCACGCGUGGGUGAACUCGCCGCCACGGGACAUAUACGGCUUUGGUCUAGUCAUGCUCUCCAUGAUGGGCUCCGGCCAGACGCCCCCCUUUCCGGAAAACUCCAUAACAUUGCAGCAUGAUAAAGAAAAGUGUCUCACCCACUUGCGGGCACGCGUACUGCUUCCUGAUGCCGACUUUCUGUGGCGGAUCGUGGAGCACUGCGUCCCGGUGAAGCCAGACAAGAGGUGGUCGCUGGCACGAAUAGCAUCAGAGCUGAGGAAUGUCCAGGGUUUCGACAGCGUCUUUCAUCAGAUACAAACCCACGCCGAACAGGCACUGCUGAAAGAUCCCAACAACCCUAGAGUAGCUAUGCUACAUCAGAUGGAGCUCUCCCCUCACCUCCAUAGUAAACUCGUUUCCGAAUAUGUCAUAGCCGCCAAAGAAAGCGUAGACGUCCGACUAGCCGUCACGAUGGCAGCGCUAUAUUCAGGGGCUGUGGGCGUCGCGCUCGAAGGCCCCUACAAUUUCGUCGCAAAGUCGCAGUGGCUUCUAAAAGCCGUCGAGCUUGGAUCUCUCCCAGCGGUACAUGCCUUGUUCGAAGAUCGAAACACACUGAAGCUUAUUGAGGCGCUCGGCGAGCCAUUGCUGUCGUAUAAGGCGCUCACCUUCUACUCGCCAAGCAUCUCAACAGAGCGGCUCAUCGAGCAGCUGCGGGCUUUUGCGACUCUGCCGGAUGUCGAAAGUUUGAACAUGUUGGGUUUUCUCGGCGGCGACGUCCCCCCGACGUUCAGUACGGAUGCGGGUCACCAGUUCUUCAAACCCCGAUCGUCUAUGCAAGAGAAAGUUCGGGAACGAUUCCCUGGAGUUUACGACCUCGAGGACCGGGAAGGUCUGCUGGAGCUCGACCUGCAAAUUCUUGACGCGGAUGCGUACGACUUGGCUUUCAGUCAAAAGGAGGAGAUUUUCGUCCUCGCCUACAACGACGACCUUGAGGCGAUGAUGCGCCAGCCGGACACCGCCAUCGUGCCCAACCUACCAGAACUGCUUGGCACCGCGAUACUCGCAGGGAGCGUCAAGACCGUCCGCUACCUCGUUUCGAACUACGAACUGGACCCAAACAGCACAAUCCCAGAAGACUCGGUUGUCGCUCACCAACCGCCAAACAUGGCGGACCCGGCAAUAUCGCAAGACGAGCCCGAGGGUGAAGAGAACCCCGGCUCGGAUUUCGCCGACUAUGAUGAGUCUGACAGCAUACCCGAUCUUGACGAGGAAGCAAACUACAACCUCAGUUUCCUUGACCUCGCCAUAAUCCUAGGCCGACGCGCCAUCGUGGCCGCCCUGCUCGAACGCGGCGGCCGGAUCCACGCCGCCCAAGGGGGCCGACCCUCGUCCCUCCAUUAUCUCGCCCGCUUCGACGACGAGGAGCUAUCAAAAGCCACAUGCCAAAGCCUACCAGACAGACAACUCUUCCAGCAAAUUGCGCAGUCUACGCCAUCGCAAGGAAAGCUCGAAGGAAUCAGCGCCAUUGAAUUCAACAUGUUUGCCGGCAGAUGGAAGAACGUUCUGCAGAUGAUUCUGCAAUUGCCACCGGAAACCCCAGACGACAGCAAGAGGGGCAGCAGCAGCAGCAGCAGUAGCCAGGGAGAGAUCAAUGUGCUGUACCUAGCCGUCAGCCGAUCCCCACCAGCACCGCUCUUCAUCAUCGAGGAGAUCCUCGCCCGGGGCGCCAAUCCCAACAUCGCGGCUUCCACGACCGAGCCGCCGCUGUACUGGACCAUUGGGAGCAGCAACGUCGCCGCGACCGAGAUGCUGCUACGGUGCGGCGCGAGCCUGCGUCCUAGCGGGGGCCCCGAUCUCGUCAGCUUCGCCAAGGAAUGCCUCGACGAAAUCGACAUGUAUUCCAAUGUCAUCGUCGUCAACCAGGAGGGAGUUAUCCGCCCAGAGGGUCUGAGAGAGGUUAAGCAAGCGGCGGCGACCAUUUACGCCAUGGUGGUCAUUGCAGCAGAAGCAGGAGACAGUUGGCUCCGAGACCUUGGAGUUUGCAUGUCUCAGUGCCGGAGGGCCUGCCUCAGCAAGAUAUGGCGCGCCGAUAUGUCUGAGCCAUCAGAGACGACGAUGUUGCUCGAACUGCCAAUCACACCAUAG